AUGGUAGCAUUUAAUCUUGAUGAAGUUAUGAAAGCAUGUGUUGAAAUGGUAGUAGUUGAUGAGCUUCCUUUUAGCUUCGUUGAAAAGCAAGGGUUUAGGCAUUUUUGUCAUGUUGCAGUGCCAAUAUUUAAGGUCCUUUGUAGGAAAACUUUGGUGAAACAUUUUCUUACGUUGUAUGAUAAGACGAAGAAGAAGUUGAAAACUGAUUUAGCACACUAUAGGGUCUGCCUAACCACUGAUACUUGGACAAGUGUUCAAAAUUUCAACUACAUGGUGCUAACAGCACACUUGAUCGAUGAUAAGUGGGAAAUGCAUAAGAGGAUAAUUAAUUUCUGCACUAUUUCUAAUCAUAGUGGGAAUUCCAUAGGUCUUUUGAUUGAGUCUUAUUUGCUUCAGUGGGGGAUUAGCAAGGCUUUAACCAUCACAGUAGAAAAUGCAGCAGCCAAUAAGUGUUCUAUUGAGUUUGUUAGGUCCAAAAUUUACAAAAGAGAAAAACCACAAUCAAUCUUAGAGGGUCAGUAUAUGCAUCUUAGGUGUACUACCCAUAUUUGUAAUUUGAUUGUUGGUAGUGGGCUGAAGAGACUAAAUAGAGCAGUGCUGGCCAUUAGAAAUGGGGUGAAGUAUGUUAGGUCUUCACUAGCAAGGUUGGAUAGUUUUAAGGCAUGUGUGGAACAAGAACAGAUCCCUUGCAUAGGCUUGGUUGUUAUGGAUGUUCCCACGAGGUGGAAUUCAACAUUCUUAAUGUUGGAAGCUGCCUUGAAGUUCAAAGCAGCCUUUGCAAGGAUGGAGGAGCAACCGGACAGCAACUUUUCAGCCUAUUUCAAAAAGCCUGAGGAAGAGUAUGAUGAGGAAGGAAAUUUGGUUCCAAGUAAAACCAAGAGGCCUAGAGUGGGGUCUCCAUCCGAGGAAGAAUGGGAUAAGGUGGAAGUGUUUGUGCAGUUUCUUAGGGUGUUCUAUGAAAUAACUCUAAGAGUUAGUGCAAGUAAUAGGCCCACAAUCCAUACCACUUUUCAUGAUGUGUUGUCAAUCGAAUCGAAGAUUAGCAAGCUCUUCAUAAAACCUGAAAUUGCAAUAGGUUCAGACAUUGAGAAGGUUUUGAGUGAUAUGGCAGCAAAUAUGAGGUCCAAAUUCAUCAAGUAUUAUGGUGGCUUUCGGGAUUUGAAUCCUUUGGUGUUUAUGGGGUUGAUCCUUGAUCCUAGAUUCAAGCUAAGGCAUGUAACUCAUCUUUUGACAAAUGAAGGGUUUGAAUUGGAAGAUGUGCAGAAUAAAACGAGGGAGUUACGUAAUGUGUUGAUGUCCUUAGAUGAAGAGUAUGCACCAAAGGAGGCCCCUGCAAAGAAGAGAGGUCAAACAGAGGUUGAAAGCUCAUCUUCACAAAGCACUGUAACAAGUACUGGCAGCAGAGGAAGACAAUCUUACAUCAAUGAUUGGAGGAAAGUAGUUUCUGAGCUUGAUGAGGCUAUGGUUUCACAUGAAGUAGACAAAUACUUGUGA